GAGGCUGAACAGAUGGGGAACCUCAACGUCCUUCUUCAAUCCGCCGGCUGUGUCUCCCUGCUGGCGGCGGCCGCUGCACUCCUCCUACUGGUUUUGACACUGGUGUCCACUUCGGGUCGGCAGAAGAGCCCCAAGGGGCCCCCGGGCCCCAGACCGCUUCCGGUGCUGGGGAAUCUUCUGCAGCUGGACCUCAAGAGACCUUACAACACCCUUGUGGAGAUGUCCAAGAAGUACGGGCCGGUGUUCACCAUCUACAUGGGCUCCAAGAAGGUGGUGGUUUUAGCCGGCUACAAGGCGGUGAAGGAAGCCCUGGUCAACCACGCCGCCGACGUCUUCGGGGACAGAGAUGUCUUGCGCAUCGUGAAGGAGUACAACGAUGGACACGGCGUCAUAUGGAGCAACGGCGACUCGUGGAAGGAGAUGCGACGCUUCGCUUUGAGCAACCUGAGAGACUUCGGAAUGGGAAAGAAGGCGUGUGAGGACAAGAUUGUCCAAGAAUGUCAACAUCUCUUGGGAGUCUUCCGAGACUUUGGAGGUCACGCCUUUGACACCACUCAGCCCGUCAACUACGCCGUCUCCAACGUCAUCUGCUCCAUCGUGUACGGGAAGAGGUUCGACUACGACGAUCCCGAGUUCACUGCCAUGGUGGACGGAAUGAACCGAAAAAUCCAACUGGCUGGAUCGCCGUCUACUCAGAUUUAUAACUUUUUUCCCUGGCUGGGCAAGCGGCUGCCCCAGAACAAAGAAUUCUUCCGACUGACGGCCGACCACGGGAAAAAGAAUCUGGAGAUAUUCAGACGAAUGAAGGAGAGUCUCAAUCCGCUCAUGUGCGGAAGCUUGGUGGACGCCUUCUUUAUCCGAAAGCAACACCUGGAGGAAAGCGGGGUCACCAACAGCCACUUCCACGAUGAAAACCUGAUGUGGACGGUUCAGAACCUCUUUGCCGCUGGCACCGACACGACAGCCGCCACGCUCAGGUGGUCUCUACUCUUCAUGGCCAAGUAUCCUGACAUCCAGGAGAAGGUCCGAGAGGAGCUGAGCAGGGUGAUUGGAGAGCGCCAGGUCCAGGUGGAGGACCGCAAGAACUUGCCCUUCACUGACGCCGUCAUCCAUGAGACGCAGAGGCUGGCCAACAUCGCACCCAUGGCCAUCCCUCACCGGACCAGCCAGGACGUCACUUUCCGGGGGUACUUCAUCGAGAAGUACACCACCAUCUACGUCCUCCUCACGUCUGUCCUCUAUGACGAAAGUGUUUGGGAGAAGCCGCAUUCCUUCCAUCCCGACCACUUCUUGGACAAAGACGGGAAGUUUGUCAAGAAUGACGCUUUCAUGCCCUUUUCUGCAGGUCGCAGGGUUUGUCUGGGAGAGAGCCUGGCCCGCAUGGAACUCUUCAUCUUUUUUGUGACGCUCCUGCAGCACUUUCGCUUCAGACCUCCGGCGGGGGUGUCGGAGGAGAACCUGGACCUGACGCCCCGCGUGGGCUUCACGCUCAGCCCGACCGAACACAUGCUCAGAGCGCUUGACUGUAUGUGAGCCGAGAUUUUCACAGCCGGUCUGUCAGUUCUUAUUGUUAGUAUACAGUACUUGUAUAGUUACUAUUAUAUGGCGCAGUGGUAGCUUGAGUUGUCCUUGUACCAAAGGGUCACCGGUUCAAUUCCUGGCUAUAACUGCCCCUUCGAAGUGCCCUUAUAGUAUGUACUGAACCGUAAUUUACCUCCAAUGGGUUGGCAGCACCUUGCAUGGCAGCAGCACCAUUAGUGUUUGAAAGUGUAAAUGUGUGCUAAUGAAAAUCACCUUGGGCAUUGUAACAAUGUAGAUUAAUAUGUUCUCAACAUUUACCAUUGUGGAAUCUGACUUUGAAGUACUACUUUUUGUUAAAUUAAAAAAUAAGGAUGGCUACUUAAAAAAAAAAAAAAAAGCUGCAUUCAUCAAAUGAGAGAAACAGUGUCACCUGCUGGACAAAUAUUUCAUGAAAUAAAAUGCCAAUCAUAAAGUUGCUGGAAAAAUAAAAACAUUGAAUA